GUGUGCCUAGAGUUCUCCAGGCUCGGGCUCCGAAAUCCCAGCUGUUGCCAUGGAUCCCAGCAGCUGGAGUGGCAGUGAAAGUGCCGGCGAGGAUAUCGAGAGGAUGAGCGACUCGGCUGAUAAGCCAAUGGACAACGAUGCAGAGGGCGUGUGGAGCCCUGACAUUGAGCAGAGCUUCCAGGAGGCCCUGGCCAUCUACCCACCCUGCGGACGACGGAAAAUCAUCCUAUCCGAUGAGGGGAAAAUGUAUGGUCGUAACGAAUUAAUCGCCAGAUACAUCAAACUCAGAACGGGAAAGACACGGACGAGAAAGCAGGUUUCCAGUCAUAUCCAGGUUCUUGCCCGGAGGAAAUCCAGAGAAUUUCAUUCCAAGUUAAAGGACCAGACCGUGAAGAAUGAUGCGAUCAACAGGAUGGCGGCCAUGUCUUCAGCGCAGAUCGUCUCGGCCACGGCCAUCCACAGCCGGCUGGGGCUCGCGGGACUCCCUCGACCCACCUUGCCUGGGGCGACAGGGAUUUGGCAAGUGUCAACAGGGCAGCCUGGUUCCUCACAAGAUGUGAAGCCGUUCGCACAGCAGAAUUACCCUAUCCAGACGGCCACAGCCAUCGCAGCUUACGAGUCCUCCACACCCCUGGCAGCCGCAGGGCCGGCGUGGCACGGGCGCUCUAUCAGCACCUCUAAACUGCGGCUGGUGGAGUUCUCCUCCUUCCUGGAGCAUCAACGGGACCCAGAUUCAUACAACAAGCAUCUAUUUGUGCACAUCAGCCAGACGAAUCAUUCGUACAGAGAUGCGCUCCUGGAGACAGUGGACAUACGUCAAAUCUACGACAAAUUUCCUGAGAAGAAGGGUGGGCUGAAGGAGCUGUUUGGAAAAGGACCUCAGCAUGCCUUCUUCCUGGUCAAGUUCUGGGCCGACCUCAACUGUAACAUCCUGGAGGAUUCUGGAGCAUUCUACGGCGUGACCAGUCAGUACGAGAGCUCCGAGAACAUGACCAUUACCUGCUCAACAAAGGUCUGCUCCUUCGGGAAACAAGUGGUUGAAAAAGUUGAGACAGAGUAUGCGCGGUUUGAGAACGGCUGUUUUGUGUACAAGAUCAACCGGUCUCCCAUGUGUGAAUACAUGAUCAACUUUAUCCAUAAGCUCAAGCACCUGCCUGAGAAGUACAUGAUGAACAGCGUACUAGAAAACUUUACCAUCCUACUGGUGGUGACGAACAGAGAAACUCAAGAGACCCUACUGUGCAUAGCCUGUGUGUUCGAGGUGUCCAACAGCGAGCACGGCGCUCAGCAUCACAUCUACAGACUGGUCAAAGACUGAAUCUCCUCGACUCACACGAGUAACACUCAGAACAGACUGCUCACAGAGAGUGAAAAAAACUCAACAGUGGAGACUUUAAACUCACUGAGGCUUUUAGGCCACACAGCUGACGACCGCCGAGGAUGGCAAAGCCUAACGGACUAAGAAAAGCCUCAUUUUAAGUGGCUGUGCCUCUGCCAGUCCCACCUAGAAGGCUUUUGUCAUGUUUUGGGUGAGGUCUGGAAUGAAUAAUUACAUUAUAAUUUGUUUAUCACUUGUGUUUUGGUGUUUGUUUCUUUAACCUGUUGUAUGCGUGAAAUGGUACGGUUUUGUUACUUUGUUCGGAUGUCUGUUUAACUUGGUUGAUGUUUUAAACCAACAUUGUGUUUUUGAAAGAACGUUGCUUAUAUAAAAUCGUCUUGUCAUAGUACAUGAAAGCUUUUUUCUGUUGUUCAACCUUUUAGUCUCACACUACAUGUCAAAGACUUCGCCCCUGGUAUUUUUGACCGUUAGUGGAUUUAACUUUAAUGAAAGAGCAUAAAAAGGUACUGUAUUAUUUAUGUGGAACUACCUGCCUUACACUGCACAUGGGCUGUUCCAGUGUGACCUACAGUUAUAUAUACUAAAACAUUAAGAAACAGAUCAUUUUCUUAAAGGUUGAAUCUUGUUGUUGUUUUUAAAGUUUCUAUUAAGAAGUUUAUUUGUGAGUUUUCUUUUGCAUUUAAAGCCGAAGUAGGCCUAUGUCAUGUCAUUUUCUGUUUAAAAUCAUAUCCCAGAUACACAGACUGUGAGUAAAGCCAUUCGUCUGUUAAUUUUCGCGAAAACUAUAAAGAUUCUCUCAGUUGCACUAUGAAAAUUCCCCCAUUUGUUUUGAAUGACCCGUCUAAACUCUGACUCGACCAAUGGCGUGAGUUGGGGGCGGGGUUACCUGUUCCAUCAAUCACGUAUUCGGAAAGCUGUUUUGAAAAGAUUUACUAGUGAGUUUCUUCUUCUCACAAGAUAUCAUCAUAUCAGAACAGGCUACACAAGAAAGGGAAUUUACACAGCAAAAUCACCAAAGCAUCUCGUGCCUUAGUGUUUAUCAUCGCAGACGUCGUCUAAUUGUGAGUAAAAGCAGGCUAUAUAACCUCACUUAAUGUAUGUAUUUUGUCCCACAUUUUUGUCAAGCCAGUCUAAGCGAAGUUAGGUCCCAUCUCUCUCGUACACCAAAUAAACACAUUCUAUCACUUCUGUUCAUGCCAAGUGAAAGGUGUUGAAAGUGCCUUUUGUGUGUUUUUCCAGCUCAGAAAAUUGACACCAAAAAAAAAAUAAUUUGAGUCAGAUUUGGAUUCUAUCACCAUAAUGCCUUUGACAUUUUAAAAGCGGGGAGAAAAAAUAAUUAAAUCGAAACCUGAUAGAAAAAUGUUACUGCUCUCUCAUUUUGAUGGAAGGAUAUUUUAAUUUUAGUAGGAAUCAAAUGACAGAUCAGGAAUUUCUCAUCUACAAUAAGAAAGCAGUUCGUUAUGGUGUCAUGUAUAUAGCGGAAGGGAUUUCAUGUACACAAAGGCAUCAAGUGAAGCGACUUUAAUUACAAAGACAAGCAGACUAAUGAGUGACAGUUCACGUGCUGAAAGAGCCGGCAUUACUGUGGGUAAAAUGACUCCUGAAUCUGAAUCAAACUCUGUCUUAUUUACCACAUAAGAUUGUGUUUUGUUUGUUUUUUGUCAGCCAUGUUUUACAUGAUUUGCAGAGUAUCUGCAACUGCAUUAAAAGAGAACACUAAUGUAUUUGACGCAGUUCUUGUUUGUUUGUUUGUUUUCAGAACCUUUUGUCUGGAGAGCACUGAAACGUUCAGUUUGGUAGCUGUUUUUAAAUAGGUGGACUCGUGUCAAAUAAUUGUUUUCAGUUGUGUAUACUUUCCUUGAGGGGAAGAAAAAAAUAAACUUUUAGUGUUUG